AUGUCUUCUUCGCAAGUUAAAUGGGAUUGUUCUCAAUGUGGAUGUGCUCCAAAUGAUUGUCGUAAAUAUUGUACCGAAUGUCAUUCAAUGCUAACGUGGACAUGUACUGGCUCAGGAAAAUCUGGUUGGCACUCGAAUUAUUAUCGUCAUCGUAACAAUUAUAGUUAUUGUACACCAGAACUUGAAGAAGAAAAACAGCAGGAAAUGGAAGAGAAACAACAACAGCUUCAGGCUUUAGAUGAUAGUAAGUAA